AUGCACUUUGCGGGUGGCCCCGCGCAGCUCCGGCCUGGCCAGGGCUCCCCGCGCCUCCUCCCGGCCCGGCGCGGUCCCCGGGCGCCCCCGAGCCCUCCCGCGCCGGCCGCCGGGACCCCGUCGGGCCCCGGCCUCUGCCCCGCCGGGCUCGGGCCGCGCGCAGCACUCACCUCGGCCGGGCUGCGCUCCCUGCGGGCCUGCGCCGAGCCCGAUAAAUGGUGGUGUCGGAGACGGGAGUGGCGAGAACUGCUGGGAGAGCUGACGGGAGAGCGGGCCGGGCAUCGGGACCUCUGGGCUCAGAGGCGGCGACCCCGACCUGACCUGACCCGGACCCUACAUCGUUCCCCGCCCCUGCCGGGCGGACGCGCGCGCUCAGGUCGCCCCACGCGGCGGCGCCGCCUGUUUACGCUGGGGGCGGUGCGCGUCCGCCGGGGAUCCCGGAUGGGGCUCCCGCGCCGCCCGCCUGUCAUUUGCGGCCCGCACUCGCGCGUCGCUCCGCUGCCGCCGCCUCCCAGUAGUCCCACGCCCGUGGCCCCUGGGAUCGCCGUGAGCCACUGCUGA